CUGUCACGUGAACUCAUGCAUACAUGGCUGCUGGCUCUGAAGGGCAGCAAAGGUGCCUACCGGUACCAUUGGCAGAGUCACAAUGUCAAGCAUAGUGGCGUGGACGACAUGGUGCUACUCUCCAAGAUCACAGAGAGCUCCAUUGUAGAGAACCUGAAGAAGAGAUACAUGGACGACUACAUCUUUACAUACAUAGGGUCUGUAUUAAUCUCCGUCAACCCUUUCAAGCAGAUGCCAUACUUUGGAGAAAAGGAAAUUGAAAUGUACCAAGGAGCGGCGCAGUAUGAGAACCCGCCUCAUAUCUAUGCCCUCGCCGACAGCAUGUACAGAAACAUGAUCAUCGACAGAGAGAACCAGUGCGUCAUCAUCAGUGGUGAAAGUGGUGCUGGAAAGACUGUAGCUGCCAAGUACAUCAUGAGCUAUGUCUCCAGAGUGUCCGGAGGAGGCCCCAAGGUCCAGCACGUUAAGGACAUCAUCCUGCAGUCCAACCCCCUCCUCGAGGCCUUCGGGAAUGCCAAGACAGUGCGCAACAACAACUCCAGCCGAUUUCUCAUCGAGGGUGCCUCCGCAGAGCAGAAGCAAAGCCUUGGCAUCACCAGCAUGGACUACUAUUACUACCUGAGCCUCUCAGGGGCCUACAAGGUCGAUGACAUUGAUGACAAACGGGAGUUCCAGGAAACCCUGCAUGCCAUGAAUGUGAUCGGCAUCUUCUCAGAAGAACAGACUCUGGUGUUGCAGAUUGUGGCUGGAAUUCUCCACUUGGGAAACAUCAGCUUCAAAGAAGUGGGCAACUAUGCUGCAGUGGAGAGCGAAGAAUUUUUGGCUUUUCCUGCGUAUCUGCUGGGUAUAAACCAAGAUCGGUUAAAAGAGAAGCUAACGAGCCGGCAAAUGGACAGUAAGUGGGGAGGAAAGUCGGAGUCCAUCCACGUCACCCUCAAUGUGGAACAGGCCUGCUACACCAGGGACGCACUCGCCAAGGCCCUGCAUGCACGGAUCUUUGAUUUCUUGGUAGAUUCCAUUAAUAAAGCCAUGGAGAAGGACCACGAGGAAUACAACAUUGGUGUCCUAGACAUCUAUGGCUUUGAAAUAUUUCAGAAAAAUGGCUUUGAACAGUUCUGCAUCAAUUUCGUUAAUGAGAAAUUACAGCAGAUUUUUAUUGAGCUGACGUUAAAGGCAGAACAGGAAGAAUACGUUCAGGAGGGAAUAAGAUGGACGCCCAUUGAAUACUUCAAUAAUAAAAUUGUGUGUGACCUCAUAGAGAGCAAAGUUCACCCUCCUGGAAUCAUGAGCAUCCUGGAUGACGUGUGUGCCACCAUGCAUGCUGUGGGUGAAGGUGCUGACCAGACACUGCUGCAGAAGCUCCAGAUGCAGAUCGGGAGCCAUGAGCACUUCAACAGCUGGAACCAAGGCUUCAUCAUUCACCACUACGCCGGGAAGGUUUCCUAUGACAUGGAUGGCUUCUGUGAAAGGAACCGGGACGUGCUUUUCAUGGACCUGAUUGAGCUCAUGCAGAGCAGUGAGCUGCCUUUUAUAAAAUCUUUAUUUCCUGAAAACCUGCAAGCCGACAAGAAAGGCCGCCCAACAACCGCAGGAAGCAAAAUUAAGAAACAAGCCAAUGACCUCGUGAGCACCCUAAUGAAAUGUACGCCCCACUACAUCCGCUGCAUAAAACCAAAUGAAACCAAGAAGCCCAAAGACUGGGAGGAGAGCAGGGUAAAGCAUCAAGUAGAGUACCUAGGUCUCAAAGAAAACAUCCGAGUGAGAAGAGCGGGUUAUGCUUAUCGGCGUGUCUUCCAGAAGUUUCUACAGAGGUAUGCCAUUCUGACCAAAGCCACUUGGCCUGUGUGGAGAGGAGAUGAGAAACAAGGCGUUCUCCAUCUGUUGCAAUCUGUCAACAUGGACAGUGACCAGUUCCAGCUCGGGAAGAGCAAAGUAUUCAUCAAAGCCCCAGAGUCUCUAUUUCUUCUAGAAGAGAUGAGAGAGAGAAAGUAUGAUGGGUAUGCCCGAGUGAUACAGAAAACGUGGAGGAAGUUUGUGGCCCGGAAGAAAUAUGUCCAAAUGAGAGAGGAAGCCUCAGACCUGUUGUUGAACAAGAAGGAGAGAAGGAGAAACAGCAUCAACCGGAACUUCAUCGGGGACUAUAUCGGAAUGGAGGAGCAUCCAGAACUGCAACAGUUCGUAGGCAAGAGGGAGAAGAUUGACUUUGCUGACACUGUCACCAAGUACGACAGGAGGUUCAAGGGUGUUAAGCGAGACCUGUUGCUAACCCCGAAGUGCAUGUACUUAAUUGGAAGAGAAAAGGUGAAGCAGGGACCAGAUAAAGGUCUUGUGAAGGAAGUCCUGAAGCGAAGAAUCGAGAUGGAGAGGAUCCUGUCCGUGUCCCUCAGUACCAUGCAGGAUGACAUCUUCAUUCUCCACGAGCAAGAGUAUGACAGUUUGCUUGAAUCUGUCUUCAAAACAGAGUUCUUGAGCCUCUUAGCAAAGCGAUACGAGGAAAAAACCCAGAAGCAGCUACCUCUGAAAUUCAGCAAUACCCUUGAACUGAAGUUAAAAAAGGAGAACUGGGGUCCCUGGAGUGCCGGAGGCUCCCGGCAAGUACAGUUCCACCAAGGCUUCGGUGACCUGGCCAUCCUCAAGCCCAGCAACAAAGUGCUGCAGGUCAGCAUUGGACCUGGGCUGCCCAAGAACUCUCGCCCUACCAGAAGGAAUACCAUCCAAAGCAGAGGGUAUUCUAGUGGAACAAAGAAUGCCAAUUACCCAAUGAGAGCUGCUCCUGCUCCACCAGGAUGCCAUCAAAAUGGAGUCAUCAGAAACCAGUUUGUGCCUCCUCAUGCUCCUGGAAACCAGAGAUCCAAUCAGAAAAGCCUGUACACCUCUAUGGCCCGCCCACCCUUGCCACGGCAACAGUCCAUAGGCUCAGACCGAUUGUCACAGACACCAGAGAGCCUGGAUUUCCUCAAGGUCCCAGACCAGGGUGCUGCUGGAGUCCGAAGACAAACAACCAGCCGGCCUCCCCCAGCAGGGGGCAGACCAAAGCCCCAACCUAAGCCCAAGCCUCAGGUGCCACAGUGCAAGGCUUUGUAUGCCUAUGAUGCUCAGGACACGGAUGAACUCAGCUUCAAUGCCAAUGAUGUUAUUGAUAUUAUUAAAGAAGAUCCUUCUGGCUGGUGGACGGGUAGACUACGAGGCAAGCAGGGCCUGUUUCCCAACAACUACGUCACCAAGAUCUGAGGCACCCAGAAAUUGAUAUGCAGGCAGAGGAGCUCCAGGCAUGGACUGGGGAGGGGACUUUCUGGGGAUUCCCCUUCUGAUCCCCAGUAAGCAAGGCCUGAAGCUAUUCUGGCACCUUCCCCACGGAAGACAUAGAAAAGCUUGGAUUAGGGACAAGGAGUGUCAGUCCAUAAAUGAUCCUAAAAGGUAGCCUAAUCCCCAGGAGUGCAAAAACAACCACCCACUAAGAUUUAUUUAUUGUAUUUAAAUCUGGUGAGAGUAACAGGGGCCCACUGGCUCGCUUGGUGUCUAUCCCACAACCCCUAGCUCACUCACCAGGCCCAGGGAACAGCAGGCGGCCACCCUUGACAAGUGCCUUUAGUUGAAGUGCACAUCUCAUUCAUUCCUCUCUUACACCUGAUACAUUCCUCUCUGCUAACCCUCCUUCAGGGAGGACCCGCCCUCUGGAGGCUGGACUUGGUGUGAACAGGCACUCCUGUGUCAAUGCCAAGGACUGGCCGCUCUCAGAGCCCCCAGGAGCCAGGGCCACUAAGACUGCUGGUGGGGAAGGAGCUGGAUGCUAGGCUGUUGGUCUUGCUUUCUCUUGGUCUUUGGUUGUAAUGUGGCUGGCCCAUGUUGGUUUUAUGUUUUAACGCUGUGCUUAUAAUAAGAAAGGUCUUCCCCCCCUCCGAGCUGUACAUUUAUAAAAAGUGAUCAUACACUGUAUAUAGAAAAAUCUAGAUAUGAAUACAGCAGGUAGUAUUCCACUGUACCCAUUCAUGAAGGUAGGUUUUAUUACAGGACUCGCACCAGGUACUUACAGAUGCUCCUCCUCUUCGCCUACAGAAACAGUCACUGCAUUCCUGCACAGCCCCGCAGACUCCCCCCCCCCCUUACCUUUUCCCUGUAGGUAAUUCUCCAGUGACCACUCUGCCACCCUCUCCUACCUCCUAAAUAAAUGUAAAGGAGUCAGUGAAA